AUGGAGUCUCAGAGCGUGACUGUCGCUGCUGAUUUAUCUUCCAAGAUUAUCAUACUAUGUUCCAAGUAUUUCGUCAAUGUUGCUCAUGCUCGAGCCGAGGUCGAACGCCUCAAAGAACAGCUCAAGAGUCUGGAGACGACUCUACGUCAAGCUAAACAUCUCCUCGAGCAUCCAAACAGUCAAUCUUUAUCCGCAUCUCGAGAACUCAAUGACCCAAUCCAAAAAUGCCAAGCUGAGCUUCAGCGACUACGGGAUAAACUUGAGCCCAAUACAAAAGAGAAGACGAUGAGCAAAUUUGGCCUUCGCGCAGCGAAAUGGCCGUUCAGUAAGGGUGAGGUUGAAGCCGUUAUUACUUCUCUUGUCGAAUACCGAGAGGCAAUUACAGCUAUUUUGCAGAUCGAUCAAACAAAAUUGCUUCUCGAUAUCAACCAUAAAAUCGAGAAUUUAUCUCUUCAGUCGACCAAGGAUAGAUCCGUGGAAUUUAAAGCUCUUUUCAUCAUGCCUUUCCCCCGCGAUCCAGACUUUGUGGACCGGCCAGUCCUUCGAGGGUGGCUCGAAGAGCAGUAUAACGCAAGUCCAGCUCGUCGAUUGGCGCUGGUUGGCAUGGGUGGAUUUGGGAAAUCUCAGAUCGCCAUCGAGUUUGCCUAUAGGGUGCAUAUCGCGUCACCCGAAACCAGCGUGUUUUGGGUACAUGGCGGUACGGAGGCGAAAUUCGAAGAGUCGUACCGAUCGCUUGCAAACGCACUCGCACUACCUGAUCGCCACGACCCAAGUACCAACGUUCUUGCCCUUGUCCGAGAUUGGCUACAAAGGAUAGAAGCACCGCCCUGGUUGAUUAUACUGGACAAUGCCGACGAAAUGGAGACGUUCUUCCCUUCCAAGAGCCACGAUGGAGAGAAUCAACGGGAACCUUUGGCGUCUUAUCUACCAAAAACAGGCAGUGGGAAAAUCGUCAUCACGUCGCGCAGCAGAAGCGUGACAGAAAAAUUGACUGGUAGCCACAAAGCUAUCCAGGAGGUGUCAACAAUGGAUAGCCUCGAAGCUCUGAAGAUUCUUGAAAAUAAACUAAGCCAAGAAAUCGACCAAGACGGAGCCAUAUAUCUUGCUCGUGCCCUAGAUUUUAUUCCACUCGCUGUGAACCAGGCAGCUGCAUAUAUCAACCGACGCGCACCCCGUGUCUCCAUCAGAUCAUAUCUCGAGGAAUUUCAACAGAGCGAGAAACAAAAAAAAAGUCUCCUGAAUAGGGAUGCUGGCGAUCUUCGGCGACGUGAAGAUGUUUCCAAUUCUGUUGUCAUAACAUGGCAAGUUACCUUUGAGCAGAUACGCCAGGAGAGGCCGUCAGCAGCGAAUUUACUCCUACUUAUGAGCUUCUUCCAGCCACAAAAUAUUCCUGAAUUCAUGCUGUCGGACUACGACUUUGUUAUCUCAAAUUUUGAAGACAUGAAUGACGAUAACGGCGAAGACUUGGAUGAAGAUUCGGAUGAAGAUUCGGAUGAAGACCUGGAUGAAGAUCCGGACGAAGACCUAGAGGACGAAGAUCGUGAUGGAGAUCUGAAAGAUGACUUGGAUGUUCUGCGGGGUUAUUCCCUCAUCAGGCUAUCCACCACAUCUGGACUCUGUGAUAUGCAUGCUCUCGUGCAGUUCUGUACUAGAGUUUGGCUUUUGGAGUCUGAUGGAAAUCACUUUGCGCGACUGAAAUCCCUAUUCUUGGACCUCAGUGCCGAACACUUCCCUGAUGGGACAUUUGAUACAUGGGCCACAUGCCAGCUUCUACUGCCUCAUAUGAAGCCACUCAUGGAUGAAAAGGUUUUGGGAAAACCUGAUAUUUUCAAUUGGUGUGAGCUGUUGGAAAACGUCUCGUGGUACAUGCGAGAAAUUGGGAAUUACUCCGCGGCCGAGACUAUCGCGCAAACAGCUCUUGACGCGAGUAGGAGACUGCUAGGAAACGAGCAUCGCAUAACGCUGGAUCUCAUACAUCUCUUAUCAGUAAUGUAUCAGGCACAAUGUCGAUUUGAUGAAGCGGAGCUGCUAGUUGUGCAGGCCAUGGAGACCUCAACAAGAGUAUGGGGAGACAAGCAUCCUAAAACAUUGGUAAGAAUGUCGCACUUGGUACAUUUAUUUGUCAUGCAAGGAAAAUACGUAGAUGCGGAAUCGCUGCUUAUGCAAAUGAUAGAGAUGUCAAAAAGCAUACGGGGAGACGAGCAUCCUGAGACAUUGAAGUAUAUUUUUGACUUGGUAUCCAUAUACACGAUGCAAGGAAGAUUAGCAGAAGCGGAACCCCUAUGCCUGCAGUUAAUGGAGACGUCGAAAAGAAUUCUGGGAGAGGAGCAUGAUCAGACACUGUCUCGCUUGGGUUUCCUAGCAAACAUUCACAAGGAUCAAGGCCGACUAGCAGAUGCAGAAUUAUUAGCAACACGGGUGAUAGAGAUUAGAAAGAGGGUACUAGGAGACGAGCAUCCUGAUGUGCUUGCACCGAUGAAUGAUCUAGCUUACAUACUCAAAGAACAAGAGCGAUGGCAAGAGGCGGAGUCUUUAUUCCUCCAGGUGUUGGAGACAAAAAAGAAGGUACUAGGAGAGGAGCACCCUGGUACACUUGACACUAUGAUCUCUCUCUCACACACACUUAAAGAGCAAGGCAAAUACACAGAGGCAGGAUCAUUAUAUGCACAGGUGAUAGAGACAAGAAAGAAGGUACUGGGGGAUGAGCACCUUGAUACACUUGUCGCCAUGAACUUUCUCAUGCUCACACUUUAUGUGCAGGAGCGAUUAGACGAGGCAGAAUCGAUAUGUGUACAGCUGGUAGAGGUAAGAAAAAGGGUGCUGGGAGAUGAGCACGCUGAUACAUUGACGGCCACGGCCUCUCUGGCGUUCAUAUUCGAUGACCUAGGCCGCUCAGACGAUGCAUUGGAGCUAUUACGCCGUGCUGUUCUUGGUCUGCAACGCAUUGCAGGCCCAGGUCACGAAGAAACUGUGUUUGGGUUUGAUGCUCUCAAACGAUGGGAACGACGUCAACUCGAGGUUCUAUCCGCACAAGAGUGUUCAGAGACAGGAUAG